AAAAAUUAUGAGCUUUUAAGGCAAAAACUUAAAUAUAUUUUCUCAUAAACCUGUUUAAACGUCAAACUUUAAACAAGUUUGUUCAUGUGAAGCUCAUGAUUUUGACUUAGACUGUUCCUCACUGUUUUAUAAUAUAGUUUAAAUUAGAAUAAGUAACAAUUAUGAUUUCUGUGACUAUUUUUAUUUGUCAUUCCUUACAUUAUAUUUUUUCCCCUCUUCUUCUGGCACGUUUGAGCUUCCAUAGAGUGGAUACUGAUGAGUUGAUGCUUCUGGCUGAUUCUUUCUCUGCUGUGUGGAAAUUGAAAUUGCACAAUUAAAAUGUAACAACAGUUGGAGAGCUUUUUUGGCACAUGCUGGUCUAUUAUGACUAAUUUGUUCUGUAGAUUUAUUACUGUAAACCUUAAUUUCCUUGUUAGACCUGGGAAGGUUAAUGGUGUCUGACUCCAGGCUGGAAAGAGGAUCCCAGUUUUAGACUGGUCUCAUGAGAAUAUUAGAGGGGGACGGUUCAAAGUCUACACCCCUCCCUCUGUAUCUCUCUGCCUCUCUGUCCGCAGUCAGAGGCAUCUGGGAUCAGUGCGGACCGGGAUACUUUUCCUUUUUUCAUUAUUAAUACGCUUUAAAAAAAACCGUGCAGUGAUAUAGUUUCUCGUUGCUGUAAGAGCAACGCAGAGGUUAAAACUUUUCCCUCAGUGAGAGAAAACUCUGCGCUGGAACUGGGAUACUUGGAAAAUAUCUGAGAAUAUUUGAUCUCAGAGGAAAGAUUCAGUGAUUUUAGGGAUGAAUUUUAGGCAGCUCCACAGCCAAGAAUAAACCAGCGGACACUCAGGAGAUCCAGAAUAAUUAAGCUCUUCAGUCCUCGCUCUCUCUGCAGGAACAUUAUGGGAAUAUCGGAGUGAUUUUUCCUCCUCGGGGCGGAGGGGUUUGCUCCUGCCUGCACGGUGUUAUUUUUUCCAGAUAGAGCAGGGCUGAUCUCGGGGCAGAGAGGAGCUAAAUGCGGCUGACUGGCGACCCUGCACCGGGAACCAUGAACAGCAGCGGGUCUGGCAACUUUCUGCUGGUCCCCAUACCGGAGUAUCCCCUGCUGGACUGUGUGCCCAACAAGACGGUGAAGAUCGUGGUGCUGGGAGCGAGCAACGUCGGGAAAACCGCUCUGAUUGUCAGGUUUCUGACCAAGAGGUUCAUUGGGGAUUAUGAAGCAAACACUGGAGCGCUCUACUCCAGAAAGGUCACACUGGAUGGGGAGGAAGUGUCGCUUCAGAUCCAGGAUACUCCCUGUGUCGCUCUCCAGGAUGAUGCUGACGGUCUGUACUGCCAGGAGCAGAUCAACAGGUCGAUCUACUGGGCCGACGGUUACGUGCUGGUUUUCUCCAUCACGGACCACAACAGCUACCGAACUAUCCAACCGCUCUACCAACACGUCAGACGCAUACACCCCUCUGGAAACAUACCUGUCAUACUGGUUGGCAACAAGAGCGACCUGCUCCGCGCCCGACAAGUGCCUGCAGACGAAGGCGAGACGCUAGCUGCUUCAUUAGGAGGAGUUUACUUUGAGGCCUCAGCCAGAGAGAACCAUGAAGGAGUCCACGCUGCCUUCCUACAUCUCUGUCAGGAGGUGAUCCGAGCAUUGGGAGGAGGUAACGGGGAGAAAAGGAGAGGAGGCCUCCACCUGGCCAGACCUAAAUCUCCCAACAUGCAGGAGUUGAAGAGGAGGUUCAGGCAGGUCCUGUCCUCCAAGGUCAAGUCAGCCACCACUCUCUGAUCAAAGGAUCAAAAACAAGAUGUGGACAGGCACAUGGCAAAGAUAAGAGCUUCCUUGGAAAAUAAAAGUCCUGGAUUUUCUUUUAUGGAAGGCUGAAGAAAAACUCAUGGCAUUAAUGGCAUGAAAACUCACAGCUGAACUUCUCUGCGGUGAUCAAAGAGCACAAAUAGUCGUCUUCAGAUGAAUGGAUAUAGGCAAAGACCUAAUGGAGCUUUAUGACCUGUGGUUUGGACAAGAGUCAUGGUCAACGCGACCUCUUCCCAGGCUCAGGCACAACAAGGAUGCUGCUCAAAGCCAACAUGUCAAAGUCUGUUAAACAAACAGCAUGAUUUGUGUCAGAAACUCAGCAUGUUUACCAUGAUGGAUAUUGAGUGGGUCAGCAAAACUUCACUUACAGGGUCAUUAGAAACCUUUGAACAUAUUAGGAGCCCAAUCCUAACACUAACACAAUUCAUGUCUCAGUUUUCUUGAGGCUUUAAAAUCCGUCUCAGUGAAUUUAAUACAGCAAAUCAAUAAACACUUAUUGGUUUUUCCCAGUCAGUCCAUUUUCACAAAAGAAAAACACCCGCAGAUGUUGCUAAUGACUUGUCAUUUAAUAUGGAGUCCCAGUUUGUUACUUUUUCAUUUAUAUUGGUUUUAAUUGAGAUUUUUUUCCCUCUUUUUUGUGGAACUAACUGAUAUCCAAAAGACUUUUUUUCAGGUUCACUCAUGUGAGAUGGAUUCCAUAACUGAACUUUGCUGAUACCAAAUAAAUAAAAUGUGAGACUCUG